GUCUGGACAGGAAGACAGUAACCUUUAAAGAGCAACACUUCACAACCAUUAAGCAACUAAUAUUUCAUGCAUUUGUAUCACAGUUGGCUCCAAAGCCAACCCUGGCAAGUGUCUGGGGAGAUCUCUGGAGAGUCAUUUUCUCUAUUUAUACUGCUGAUCUGUUUAAGGUGUUUAAGGGCUGUUUCCCUGAUCCUUCUUCAUUAAAGGUAAUUGAAAUAGUUUAGAAGCCCAAUCGUUGUUUGGCUGAGUCUUCCCACCAACAAGCCACUGACUGAAUAAUUGCUCGCAAGAUAUGGGGCACAGAAGGAGAAGUUUAUUAAGAUUUUCUAGCACUCAGAACAUCUUUGAAGUGGAUUGCAGGCUACUGACAACAUUUUUAUAAACAAACAGCUGUGGACUCAGAUCUUGCCAAAAUGCAGAAAGCCUGCUGCAGCCCACGACAUCCUUCUUUGCUACGGUUUCAUGGGUGACUUGGACACCAAUGUCCUUUGCACAGGACACACUCUUGUGGAAGAAAUUCCCUACAGUUGCCUCCCGAAGAAACUCUGUGUGGCCUCAGGAGCCAACCCUCACUACAGGCUCGGAGCAGCUCCAUGGCCUUGCUGCACCAAGAAGUUUCCCUUCACCACUGCAGAGACGGAGCUUACUAUCUGCCUGGGGCAGGCCUGCAGCUCAGCCAUGCCCAUUAGAAGAGAUGCCUCCCAAACGUGUAUUCCUGGUUCCCAGAGUGACUCUGGGAUGCUAACCACACCUCUCUUUAGACUGGCUAAAAGCGACCAUGAGGCAAUGUGGUCACAGGGUGUCACAUACCAUCACGAUGAGCGUAAUGUGUAUUGCUAACUAAAUGGUCAGGGACACUUGAAUUCUCAUCUCAGGAAAAUCUCUUUUUUUUUUUUUUCUCCUCAAUACUAAAAACACAUGGAUGAAUUGCCAUUUGGCUUCCCUUGCGUUGCUGGGACACGGUUUGCCUCGCUUCCUUCGUACACACUGUGCCCAAAGUCAUGGGUACCUGUUUCCCUGCCCUGCAGGCUGUGUGGGCGGCCCUGCCAUAGGGCAGCGGAUGAGCUGGCCGGGCUGUAUGGGCAGAAUCGAGAUGGCUGUCAACCAAGGAUCAAUUAUUUUAACACUGAAGAUGCUCUGAAGAUUUUACAGAAAGAAAUGUGAUAAUUGGAAAUUGUACCCACUGUGUUUGUAUCACAGCAGAGCUGGCAUCAUCUCUGUAUCACAGAUGAGCCCCAACUGAGAAAACUGCUCUUACCUCCAUGCUGCUAGGUUUCAUUGUUAUUGAUUUCGAUUCAGCUGUCUUGAAAAUACUCUCCCACAGCCCCUAUAGAAACUGUGAUAAAUGUUCAUACCAGCGCCUUACAAAAAGCCUCCAAAAUAAUGUGAAUUCCUGGCGAAUCUCGAGUGUGAUUGCUUUCAUCCUAGGACCGGCUCUCCAAAAGCCUCAGUCUCGUUGCGCCACAGAUUGCAUUAUUGCUUAUUGUGAUAAGCAUUCGGAGGGCUGUGCACCUGCAGGAGCGGUAUGGCUGCUGCACACAGGAAAGGGAGUACCAUCAUUUGGCUAGCACGCUGGGGUUAGGGCAUCCUGUGCUACAGGUGUUUCAAAUCCACCCAACUCAACUUAGUGCUGGUUCCUUUUUCUGUCACAGUUACAGCUAUUCUUCCCUCUCUAAUACUGCAAGAAUGCCACCCGCUUCAAAAGUGAUUCCUAAGGACUGAUCAAAGAAUAUUUGUUCAACUCAGAGAAGAAUGAAGCCCUACACAUGUAUGUUAAUACAUCCCCGCUGACACAGAGUGGCUUUUUGCCGUUCUCCUCUGUCUGGAACGUGAGCAAUUUAUAGUCUGCUGCUGCAUCUAAUUAGUGGAUCUGAUCCUUGAAUUGAAGCAGUAAAAGCUCGUGAUUUCAAAUCCCAAAUUUCCAGGAAAAAAAGGCUUCACCAAAAACUCAGGAUAUGGAGAAUUACAUUUAAAUGCCAAUGUUGGAUACAGUCAGAAAAUAAGGGAUUUAUCUGAAGCAGUUACAUGUCUGUUGGUUCGGAUUCACAGAGCGAAGGUAAACUGCCUUCAACAUGGAUAUGUGGGAAGAACUUGGCCUCAUCUAGCUCCCUCUUUGGUACUAGCCAAGAUAAAAAUACAUCAGGAUUACCAGGAUCAAGAAAAUAGCAUAUGGUGCUACCACAGAAUGUAAUACAUUUUAGAAAACUAUUAUUUCUCUCUUUUUGUGCAGUUCUUCAUUAAACUAGAUGCCAUUCAUUCUCUGCCUGGAUUUUUCCCACAUUUUUCCCAUGAAAAGAAAGGCCAUGCUUGAAUUAAUCGAAUUGCCAAAUGUUUUGUUCGAACAGCUGUGGCAGGAGUAACUUUUAGCAGCCAGGUGAAGUAGCCCCUUCCCUGCAGCAGUGAACACACGUUGCUGCUGCCAGCCCCCAGCACUGAUUCGGGAUCACAGCACUGUCAGCCUUCACGUGCUGUGGGAAGCUGCGGUGCUUCCUGUCCUCUCUCCCUCUCUCCUUUCCUUUUCCUGCAGGAGCAAGAUCAUCUCUUUGUCAUCUGGGAAAACAAAUUGUUUUCAAAUGCUUUAGGCAGGGCUAGUGUGCUCAGAAGGAAUGUGAAGGUUCAUUCCUAAGCCCGCUGGAAGCUGCCGCUGGGUGCGCAGGCUCAGAGCCGUACCUCUCACCGUCCUGACCCGCCAAGGUUCGGCAUGGCAUGCGUGGGCUGCUCCCCUUCCCACUGUUCCCAUCUUAAUCCAUGUGCCCUGAGCAAAAAUGCAGUCCUGUUGAUUCUGUCGUUUCUACCAGUGCUGUCAGCCCUGAAGGUUCUGUAUUUUAGUAAAUAGAUAACUCAUCGUGACAUGCAAGCGACAUGAGAAAAGUGAUGGUAAAGCAGAGAUUUCUGUUUUGGAGAAAAACAUACAAAAGCAUGCUGUGAACGCUGAGAUGUGCUUACACCAAAGGCAGCCCACAGCAGAAGUGUCAGCACCUUUCACCAAAUCCCACAAAUGCCAUUGAACUUCCAGAAACAGCCAAUGUCAGCCAUCAAGGCACCAUGGGUGGGCUCUCCCAUUGCUCCCAGAGCCCACAUCAGUGGGCAGGGAGUGUGGGGUGGCUGCAUGGGGCAGCAUGGCACAGCCGGGCAGCAGGGUAGGCAGAAUCAUCCCCAACCCGGAGAGCUUUCUUGGGGAUGGGAGCCAGGUUUGGACGUGUGGGCACAGCUGAAGGACUGGGAGAAAGGCUGAGUGGUAGAGCCAAACAGAAAAAGAGGAAAUGCCAUGCAGGUGCAGCCAGGAGCGGGGGGACAGCGGGCUGCGGCUGAGAGGGAACGCAUGCCUCGACUCCCAGUGCAGGAAGAGAAGAGCGCAGAUCUUCCAAGUGCUGGCAAUUCAGCUGUCACUCUUGGCCGCAGUGAAGGGCGAGUUACUGUCCCCGCCAGCCCUUUGCACUCACGUGCUGCAUAAUUUGCCCGUGACGGAUCUGCACCUCAACGGAGUUAAGGUCCAACUUGGUUCUUUGUGUACAGGAGAAGUCUCAGAAGUCUGAGGCUGGAACUACCUCAUAAUUUAAAUCUCGUGAGCCUUUUUCUUUAGGGGGAAUGCAAUUUCUCAAGACAAUGCUUUCUUACGCAUUUUCAAAACAAAAUGUAAAAUUCUGGAUGGGUGCCAUAGCUGUGCAAGUCGUGCUGCGAUUGGAUUGGGCACAGAACCCUAACUUAAAAAGCUGAUCUGCAUUCCUGCACCGAAGGGGAGGAGAGCUUUAUUUUUUUGGCUCAAGAAACCUGACACCAGUUAAGACAACACACUUCUUACACAAGGCUGCAGCCGCUAGCAAAUGGAUGCAUAUUCAUAUGACAGGAUAUGCUCGGUAGCCCUGGGAAACCAAGAUUUGAAAUCAAUAAUUUCUAGUAAAUCACAAACUGACAUUGGCAACAUCCUAGCCUGGCUGAGUAUCUGUGUCAUUACAGACACUCUUCUUUAAUAAACAGAACAUAGGAUGUUACAUGCAUUGGUUUUGCAUUUUCUUGGCAACAGCAUAAAAGUAUAAUUUCUGUGCUUGAUCCAAGGGAUCUCUGACAAAGGGAAAGGGGUAACAUUUGCUUCUGUGGGUUUUAUGGUUUUAAAUCUCAGGGCCAAUUCUGCCAUCAGGUAGUUUAUGAAUAUUCAUGUAGAUUGUUUUGAGUUGAAGAAUAUCUAACUUUGCCAUGUAUCUGGCAUGGAAAGAAUAGUUGACAGUCAUGAAACAGAGAGUGCUUUAAAAUGUAGCAUCAGCUCUAGUGAAGAGAGGACCUUCAUGGGAAUGAAAAGGAAAAAUAAGGAAGAAAGGUGAAUAUUUAUUUCCUGAGGGAAGGAAAUUAUGUGAUCCUGUCUUCUAAAACAAUGAAUAUAGAACAGCUUUUGCAGAUUUCGAUAUUUAAAGCAAUUGGAGUCUAUUGCAUCAGGUAUGGGCCAGAAUCUCCUUUUCUGUUGACUUCAUUAGGAGCCGAGUCAGAUCUGUAUGUCCCUGAUCAUUGCACACGUGCAUGAGCUGUGUGAUCUAGCAGUGAGGCAACAGUGAAGCUACAGUUAUUACUACGCCUUUUUUACAGUAUUGCAUUUUUUUGGUGAUGCUUUUCUUUCAGAUGGGUAUGGGAGUCAAGUAGAGGUGCCCCAUUGCUCAGGCUCAUUGCUAACAUGAAACCUGUCAAAUGCCACCUGCUCGGCAGGCCAGCACCACCAGCCCCUGCCAGGCGUCAUGGGAUGUGUGCGCAGGUCAGAGCCCGGGAAACGCCAUCAAUUAGCAAAAGUUUUCAAUCUAUUGUUGCUGUCAUAUUACUUUCACUUGUAUCAGCCUCUAUGUUUUUAACAGAAGAAUCUCAUUAGCUGAGAGAGAAUUAGAAUUGAGAUGACAGUGAGUCCUGUCCAAAGAAUAUUUUGGCCUCGAAGAAGGCACACCGGAUAUCUGAUAUUUGCCUAGCACUGCUUCCUAGCCUCAUCCUGGCGGUGAUCUGCACUCUGAGCGCUUUGUGACUUUGUGUGGCCCGACAGCAAGCAGAGAUGCAGGGAGUCAAAACUCUGCAGAGCUAAACCUGCAGGCCAGGGUUCACUCUAGUGAAAACGAAAGGCCUGGGUGACAUCAACAGACUUGUGUUUACCCAAGAUGAUCUUGGGUAGUGGUCUUGAGUUUGGGCUGUCAGUAUGGCUGUGGCAUUUUGCCUCGUGAAAGCAAGUCACACCACUGCUGAUGGGGAGAUGUUUCUGUGUGCUUACCUAAGCACUCGAGCAAUCCCAUCCAUUUCCGAGAGUCAUACACAAUGUUAAGCAUGUGCUUAAGUGUAUUUUUGAGCUAUGCGAAUAAUUGAUUUCUGUAUUUAAAAUAUAAGUUCAAAGCAGAUCAAUUUGGAACAAGCAUUUGGCCAGCCAGCAGACAUUAACAGCCUGGCUUCAACCUAUACUUCAAUAGGAGCUGAUACCUGAUGCUAUGCAAGUUUUUACAAAAGCGCAGAGAAAUUAUCAACGGUGUUGUCAACUCUUAACUGCUAAGCAUGGAGAUUCUGGUUAGAGCUCUGUCUGUUCUCCAAGCAGGAGACAAAUUCAGCAUUCCCUUUGAUUUACAUAACUUCCUAAACUAGUUCACUGACAUGUUAGCACAUCAGUCCAUCCUUCGGUGAUUUCAGCCAUAUGCUCUUCCAUGGACACUCGUGUAAAUGAUGACCUACCAAACGAAAAGUUGCCUUCAUCAGCUGCAUCCUUCUUUAGUGUCCAGAACAGUCGAAGGCCACACUGAAACCGUAGUCAGCUGCGCACAAAUGAGAGAUAUUUCCUUGAAGCUUCUUAUUUUUCUAAAGGUAAUGUUUCUUAAAAAAUAUAUUAGAAUCCUAUUUGUUCUGAGACACCCAUCUGUGGUAGCAAUCUCCCCAGUUUCAUAGAAUCAUAGAAUCAUAGAAAUCAUAGGAUCCUAGAAUGGUUUGGGUGGGAAGGCACCCUGAAGAUCACCUAGUUCCAAGCGCCCUGCUAUAGGCAGGGGCUCCUCGCACUAGGGCAGGCUGCUCUCAGCCCCAUCCAGCCUGGCCUUGAAUGCUUCCAUGGAGGGGGCAUCCACAACCUCUCUGGGCAGUUUCAUUAAGUGCCUUUUGAAAAUCAUAUCCAGAAGAAAAAUACUCCUUAGGUGUAACUUUCAUCUGAUGCAGAAUGGGAGUUCUUGUGUUCUUGUUCACAUUAUGCAGGCUUGUGAUUGUGCCACACUUGUAUUCUUCGUCCCUUGAAAGCAAACACAGUUGGUUUUGUGUGUUUUUUUUUCUGUAAUUUUCUACCAGAUGAAUGUUUUCAUCUUUUUUACAUUCUUCCUUAUCACCCUGCUUAUGUUCAUCCUCAUAAUUAUCUUUGCUCAGAGACAGAGCAAAUCUAAUUCAUACACAGAAACGCAGAAUCUUGGAAUCUCCUGAGAUGGCGAGGGCCCGCAGGAUCACCGAGCCCAACUGCUGACUCCACACAGCACGACCCCAGCUCUCUCCCUUGAAUUUUGCCUCUCAUUCUCACAUGCUAGGUCUUUAUGUUUGGGCUGAGUUAGGACAACCUCUUGUCUCAGCUGGUGAAGAGUUGUGUAUUUAUCUUGCAGUUCAUGCAGUUUCACUCCCCAGGAGCUUUACUUGGAGUUUUAGCUCCCAGUAAACAUGCACUCAAAGCGUAUUUUAGACAAAGCGAUUGAUUUUACUCAAUUUCAAGUCAAAAACAUGCAAGGAGCAAGCAUUACAUGAUUUCCAUCCAUCUGCUUUUGGAUCACUGAGAAAUUCGUGAAUCUUUGAUUAAAUCUGUGGCCAGCCCUGGCACUGCUCAGUUGCUGCGCCCUUUGGUGUACAAGAUGCGCAGCAGGGCAGUCCUGCCCGCUGGAACUCCUGUCCGUGCUGAUUCUAGCAGAGCCCAGAGGCCAGGUGUGGGCACACAUGUGCCAGCACAGCAAUCCUACAGCACAGCCACCCAGGGGCUCAGUUUGGGCCUGCUUAGCCUGCCCUGCCCUGCAGGAUGCAAACCUUUCCCCUCACCUUGGCCUGGUCUCGGCCCAUCCCAACAGGCUGCAUAGCACGGGCAGUUAUUUAGCAUCUCGCAAUCUGCCAAGUAACCCUUCUCCUUAGGUAGGUUAAAAGACCACCUGUCCAAAAACUGUGGAGCACUGGACAAGGAUCAGUCCUGUUUGUAUGUUUCAGAAAAGACCCUUCAGCACACUCCUCCCAGCAGCGUUAGUCUUCAGGUGCACUUCACAGCUCUCAGGCUCUGGCUUUUGAGUGAGACAUCUCAGCUGGGAAAGAAAUGACCCCACUUGUAUGAAAUGAACAAAGCAAAUGAUGUUUUUCUGUGAAUAUUAAAGGACAUAAAUGAAAUGUGGCAAACUGCUGUAAACUCCUGGAACAUGAGCAUGAAUUGCACCCAACCGGGUCGGGGUUUGGUGCCCAACCUGGGGGAAGACUUUGAGGCAGCAGGACACCUUGAGGCCACAACAGCAGUCCCGUUACCUCUGGAGCUGCCUGUGUUGGCACCCGGCUGCCCCAGUGAGCCCGUGCCCUGCGUGGCGUGGGCCCCACAGCUCUGAAGGAGGGGCAGCCUCAGCUGCAGGCUGAGGAAAGGCCCCGUGUCAAUUCCAUUCCCACCCAAGUGUGCAGCGACUCAAAUCAUCUCCCGCCUUCCCAGGGAGGACACAAGCCUCUGUCUGACAAGCAGGUCCCCCAGACAACUGAAGUAAGACAGUGACAUGAUGCACGAGCAGGUACAGGCCAGGUUCCUACAGCUGUGAAACCCCGCUCGUGUCGCUUCCUUCUGGGGAAGCCCUUUGGCCUCGCUUUACGAGGUGAACCAUGCAAAUUACAGUCCUUACGACUUCUGCUGCUUGUCAGGAACUUCAGAUGACUGGGAAGAGUCAUGAGUGACGUGGUUUUCCAAAGCUUCCAGACAGAUGACAAGUGUGUGCUGCAGGUGCUGCGUGGAAGCGUGGCACGGACCUGCCGUGCAUUCAUCCUCUGCACACAGUGUGCUUGGUGAGCCCAGCCUACCCUGCCUGCAAACAUGGGAAUCCUGGUAUCCACACCUCCAUACAUGAGCUAGAGGUGUGAGCAAAGGUGCAAGUAGAAGUAUCCUUGUUGAUGAACUAUAUUGCUGAUAUUUGUUAGCUCAGGGUUGUUCUGAAAUGUGCAAAGAUGGGCUUGGUCUGUAAGCAAGUCGAAGAUCACUUCAGAAAUCUUUCAGAAAAGUGAGGCCGGAUCCUGGCUCCAAUAGUAUGCAUUUGGGCAUAGUCACUGGGUUUUAUUAAAAUAAGUUCUUAACUUUGUAGAGUACAAUUUGCUCUUAGCUCUGCCUUAUGGCUGGUACAAAUCAGCCAUUUCAUUAGCAGAGCCAUUUCUCCCAUGUCCCAUCCGCUGUCAGUGCACUGGGAUGGGGCUUCCAGCGCCUCCAGGACAGCGCGACAGGAGGGACAGACUUAGGAAGGUAAUGAAAUUAUGCCAGCAAUUAUUUGCAGACCCAAGUGCCCUCCUAACUGCCUGCAGUUUGCUCGUCCCAGAGAGGUGUGGGUGGCUCUCGGCUUGCAGCUGGUGGUCUGUCAGAAGGAGCAGUCAGAGGCUGCACUCAUAACGGGCACGUUUGCAGGCAGAGGUGUGUGGUUUCACGGCAGCUCUCAGAUUUGUACCUGUCUUCAGAAAUAUGUGCAUAGCACAAAGCAGGAAAAUGAAACAACUCUGCUGCUUCCUCCUUGCUAACCUGGGUUCACCUGUGUGAGGUGAGUUUAACCCUUUUGUGACUGUCCAGCACGCAGAAUAUUGUAUAAUCACGGCAUGAAGACAGGAGAUCACACUUUUCCAGAAUAACUGAAACCUUUGUGCUUUGUGCCCAUGGCAUCUUUUCAGUCAUUUGUACACUUAGAUUUGGGGGGGGAGGCGGGGAAGAAUUCAACCCAUGGGCAGUGUUUUCAGGAGCUAGCCUACUUUUGCACUACAUGAAAUUGAUGCUUUGCAAAGUAGGCUCUAAAGAUGCUCAGCAGCAUUUUGCACGUUAAAAUGCUGUCCACAGGCUGCCGGAUUUUUGCCUUUAUGCACAGGAAAAAAAAAAUUUCCUUGGCUCUUUGAGGUUUCCAGCUUCUGAAGAGAGGAAAGUGCUGCUUCCCCUUUAAGCCCGGAGCGGUGUGUGUGUGAGAGUGUGUGUGAGUGUGCUUGUGUCUCCUCCUCUUUGAGUGACACAGCACUUAGAUAUGCCUAUCAGUAACUUAAACCCCACAAACUCCACCUUCUAAGUGAGGAAGCUGUGGGUUGAUGGAAAUGUAGCGAGCAGAUUGAGACAGACAGUGAAUCAUUAGCAAACUGCAACGCCAGGAUGAACUUGUCUGGAACCUAAAAGGAGAAAACAGUCUCCGAGUCCUCCGCGGUGCCGGGCUUUGCUAAAUACAGCCAAAGUGGAUCUAAAAGCUGGUUGAUCCCCACUCCAAGAUGCUGCUGGUUUCCCAGCGGGUAGAAGCACCACGCAUGGAGCCGCAUAUUCCGUUACAGGGAUCCAUUAAAAGAAAACUGGAAGAUGAUAGCUCUCCUGCCUCCAGUGGUGUGCCUGAUGUCAUUUUCCCAAAUGACAGUAAAAGACUUUGUCUCGAUGAUGUAACCCUUUCCAUGGGCCAAGGUACCAAUCCCAAUGUGGCGUGUCCGGAAAUGCAAAGUUCUCCAUUCUCCACCAGUCACAGCACUUCUUCCAUGGGAGUCACAGGUCAUUCAGUCCUCCUUGAGAGCAAUCACAUGAAUGGCAGUGGCAUUGGCUCCCCAUUUUCUGUGCCACCCAACACGGAAAUAAAUCAGAAGGGGUCAAUAGGAGGGCAGGGUAGCAGCAUUGUCCACUAUGAUGAGAAAGGAAACAGCUUACAGUCUGUGGACCAAGAGCUGCAAGAUCUAUUGGAAGAGCUGACAAAGAUGCCUGAUCCUUCUCCCAAUGACCUGGAUCUGGAGAAGAUUCUGGGCAGCAAGGCUGAAGAGCCACUUGGGCUGAGUCAUUCUCAGCCAAGCAUAAGUAACACUCCGAAGUCCUCCCCGCAGACUUCCCACUUGGAGAACCAUGUCACUAACAAAGAUUUUUCCCCAGGCUGCAAUCCAACCAGUGGAGGAUCUCCUCAGAUGAGGCCAUCGUCUGCUGGAGCUAACUUCCAGGUUCCUCCCUCAAACAAACCUGCUGCAUCGCCCAUCUCUACAGCAGCUCAGAGCAAGAACCAGCCACCACCCAUGCUUCCAGUGCCCUUACCCAACAUACCUGGCUCCAACUGGCAUGCUCAGCAGCUAAAGCAGCUGGCAGCUAGCAAGCAGGUGUCUACUACAAAGCAGCAAGUACAGGCUCCUAGCUGGCCAACUAUGUCUCCUCCUGGUCUCUCUCCUCCUUACAGGGCAGGAUCAUCCCCACACCAUCAACCUUUCAGUCCUCAAAAUGUUAUGGUGUCUGGUAUGCCUGCGAAUAAUUUACCAGGAAACAACAUUCAGAGUCCUCAAAACACUCUGCUUUCCAGCAUGACUUCCAGCAGCACCCCCUCCAAUGGCCCCUCUCCUCCCUAUGGGUCUGAGAAGCUUUCCAGUCCGGCUCUGAACCAGCAGCCCUUCAGCCCACAGAGCUCCAUGCUGCCUGCCCUGACAGCAGCCAGCUUACCAGCCAGCAAUAUUAAAAGUCCGCAGAACAACUUGGUUGCCAGCAUGGCUUCCACAAAUACUGGACCUUCUCCACCAUACAGGCCAGAGAAGCUGUCAAGCCCAGCUCUGCAUCAGCAGCCCUUCAGUCCUCAAGGUACAUUAAUCUCUAAUAUCACUCCCAGCAACAAUCCCACAAGUAUGCAGAACUCACUUUUUAAAUCAAUGACUACAAGCCAGUCCAAAAAUAUGAACAUAAUUAUGCAACAGCCAUCCACUAGCUUACAGCCAGGACUGGUGAAUGAGAGCCCUGUUAGCCAAGACCAGUUUUCUUUCAACAACACCAAGCCACUGUCUCACUUUGCCUCGGAGUCAGCUACUCAAAAGAUGUCACCCCUGACAGCAGGACAAGGGCAGCAGUCGCUCAUUCACUAUCUCCAGCAGCAGCAGCAGUCCCCAGCCGCCCAGCAGUCCCAGCAGGCUAACAAUAGCCAGUUCCUCCAGCAGCAGUUCCGACAGCUGAUGCAGCCACAUCGGAUGCAGAGACACAUGCAGUCUGCCACACUGCCAUCUCAAAACAGACAGGAUCAGAAUCCUGGAAUUGUUGCCAGACUUCAGGAGCCGGGCUCCGUCCCAAGUGGAGGCUCUGUGCCGGCACCAGCCACGGUGAAUGGGUACACAAUGAGGAACCAUUUACUGAAGCAACAAAUAAUGAAACGACAGCUGAUGCAGGAAAAGCAGAGACAAAACAUGCUGGGAGUAACAUCUGAGCAGAGGAAUUUGUUUGCAGCUCAACAGAUGAAUCAGUUUCAAGCUGUGCAGCAGCCCAUUCCCGCUGACUGCAGCCAGCCGAUGCCAGCACCUCCGCCCAACCACCGCAUGCUGCCAUCGAACCCAGCCAUGCUCCAGAGCACCUUGGGCGCCAGCAUUACCCCAGCCACUGCAAGCCAGAGCAGCGGAACGAUGGUGAUGAUUCCACACAACCCUGGCAAACAGCAGGCGGUUUUUCCACCUAAUUCCGACUUUAACAUCCCGCUGCGGCCGAGCCAGAACUCACUGGGCAUGAACUCAGGGUGCCAAACCGUACACAGCCACGCGGCGGUGCGGCCGGGCGUGCCGAUGGCCGGCUUUAGUUCUGGCUCCUUGGUGAAUCACUCAGCAGCUCAGCAGCACUUGAGACAGCCGAGUGUGCCAAGAAUCCCCAACGUCUACCCCAACUCAUCUGCCCAGAUGUGGACGCCGACUGCAGUGCCGAGAAUGCCAAAUCAAAGCCAAAUGGAUACCAGCAUGCAGCAGUUCUCAAGUAACGCUCUUUUCUCCAAACAGAACGUGCGACCAAACGCGUCGGGUCAGCAGUUUUCCCAGCAGGCUGUAGUGCCGCCAAAUCAGAUUGCUCCCGGAGUCCAGGUCAGACAGAUGCAAAAACUAAGCAUGGGACAGUCUGGCCAGGGCUUGAGCUCAAUGAGUAAUCAGAACUUGAGACACAAUUUAACCAGGGGACCGCUGCCAGCUAUGAAUGUUAUGAAAUCAAUGCCGCAAGGAGUGUCCAGCUUUAGCCAGCUCAAUCCCCCCGCAGGCCUCGGCCCGCCGAGCUACCCCGCUGCAGGGCAGCCGCCCGACGCCUUCAGCAGGAUGAGCGCGGCUGCCGAGCUGCCGCAGUACGACUUCGUGCCCCAGCACAGCAGCUCUGUCCUGCCCGCUAACUGCAGUGACACUGACUUCCUUGACUCGCUCAUGAAGAGCAGCAGCAGCAACGAUGAAGAGUGGUUGAACAAUCUGACAAUGAUAGACGACAUUUUGGGACAGCACGCUCAGAGCUCCGGACACGUGUAGCUUGGAGGGAAGCAAUCGCGUUGUAAAUAGCGUGCGUGCGACUUCUAAAUGCGGCAGGCGGCCUGUGAAAGCCGCCGCUUCCUUCAGUGCAGGAUGAAUAGACUCAGCCAAUUCUUCGCCUGCAUCAAAGUUUAAAAUUCGCAGUUUUUCAUAUGAGUGUAUAUAUUUGAAUAUUUUGUAAAUUAUGUUUUCCUAAACCUUAAAUGUAGAAGUAUUUAUACUUCUUUGCUGGUCUGUUUGUAAAUAAAUCUAUAGCAUAACUUUUGGUUUUAUUAUAGGGAUUUCAUUAUACCUUGUUAUAAAUAUGCAAAUAAUAUUGUUAGUUUCAGUAAUACUGUGUAUUACAGCAUAAAAUACUUAUGUUUUUGACAUAACUUAACACAUGAACUAGGGGUGUCGUUGCAACCAGACUAAGCAGAAACCAAGCGUGGCGUCUGUUCUCCCACGUCGAGAGGAAAGAUCGAAAAGUCGCGUUAACAACGAACGCCUGCACGUGAAAGGAACUGCUGAUUGACUCAUAGCUCAAUCCUGCAGCCCGAGAGCGGGGCCUGCGUCCGCCCGGGGCCCCCAGCACAGUCGGGGACCUGCCGGCAGGGAUCCGUUGCAGGAUCAGGGGAAGUCCUCCACCUGGUACACUCCAGUGCGCCAACUCGACCCUGACAGCGCGUCUCCCGUUGCCCUGCGGUGAAGGGUGCGCUCGUGCCGCUGCGGCUGUUGACAGGCGUGUGCGUGUGUGCGUGUCUGUGCGCUGCAGCCGGCUGAGGGGCGGCACGGGGGUGACGCGGGCUGGGCGGCGAGGGGAGGCCGGUCCGACAUCGCCGAGGUUCCCAGGCCGCCGUGUCCCUCGGUUCUGGUUUGCACACCUCUGCCGUGUAUAUUUGUAGUGUACAGGUGAUUUGUUCCUGGUUUUAAGGCUUUUCAUAAUUUCUGUUUUAAUGUGAGACUUUUUUCAGGGGAAAAGUCUAUAAACAUGAAUAGUUAAUUUUUGAUGUUUUUCUGUCAGCUACUAUUGUCCUAUGUAUAUUUAAGAGUCUGUUUAUAAAAGAUUCGCUGUACUGUAAACUUCUUAAAAUGUUCAUACUUUGUGUAAUCAUAUUUUAAUAGUCACAUCAUACUUCGCAAUACAUUUGUAAUAUAACGUCAGCUUCAAGCACAGAAUGUUUUUUUCUUCAUACCAUAAUAAACUGCCGGGGGAAAAUUCUGUA